AUGGCAAAGUUGGCAAUAUCACUCUCAUUCUUGUCCUUGACACUGUUAGCACUAGCAAGUGUUUCUAAUGCUGGUAGCAUUGCAAUCUAUUGGGGACAGAAUGGUGAAGAAGGCAAACUGGCAGAGGCUUGUGCCACAGGGAACUAUGAGUUUGCUAUAUUGGCCUUUUUGCCAACAUUUGGUAAUGGUCAAACUCCGAUGAUAAACCUUGCUGGCCAUUGUGAUCCUACUAAUAAUGGUUGCAGUGGCUUGAGCUCAGACAUUAAGUCUUGUCAAGCCAAAGGCAUCAAGGUGUUGUUGUCUUUGGGAGGAGGUGCAGGUAGCUACUCCCUUGCAUCGGCUCAAGAUGCAAGACAAGUAGCGACCUACCUUUGGAACAACUUUCUAGGGGGACAAUCUUCGUCGCGCCCCCUUGGACCUGCUGUUCUUGAUGGCAUUGACUUUGACAUUGAAGGAGGAUCAAACCUUUAUUGGGAUGAUCUUGCAAGGUAUCUCAAAGGGUACAGCUAUAGAGGCAAAAAUGUGUACUUAACAGCAGCCCCUCAAUGCCCAUUUCCUGAUGCUUGGAUUGGAAAUGCCCUCAAAACAGGUCUUUUUGACUAUGUUUGGGUCCAAUUCUACAACAACCCUCCUUGCCAAUACAGCAGUGAAGUUAGCAAUCUUGAAGAUGCAUGGAAGCAGUGGACUUCAGAUAUACCAGCCAACAAGAUCUUCUUGGGGCUACCAGCUUCCCCUCAGGCUGCAGGAAGUGGCUUCAUAGAUGUGAAUGAUCUUACUUCCAAUGUGCUUCCAGCAAUUAAAAGUUCUUCCAAAUAUGGAGGUGUUAUGCUGUGGUCUAGGUACUAUGAUACUCAAAGUAGAUACAGUUCCUCCAUCAAGAGCCAUGUCUAA